CAGAAAACAUUUCGUCUGUUAUUAAGACACACUAAAAUAGAAGAGAUAGAGAGAGAGAGAGAGGGAGGGAGAGGAGAGAGAGAAACUGUAGAAGAGAGGAGGAGAGAAGAAAAGAGUUUCAAGAUCUUGUCAGAUCAAGCUAGAAAAACUUGUAAUGGGGAGGGAACUUGCAGAUGUGCACAUGGACAAUAAGCCAAAUGGUGUAGUGAAUUCAAAUGGUGUGGUGAAUUCAAAUGGUAAUCCAAGAAUUUCAGAAGGCACUGAGUCAAAGAACUAUGAGGUCAAGGAAUGCACCGCAGAAAACUCAGUGGUUGAGAAUGGUCAUGAGAAGCAAGAUGUGCUAGGUGCUAAAAGCACAAAUUUUGGUAUUGACCUUCCUGAAGGGAAGAAUGAAAAGGCUGGAGAUCAGAAGUCCAGUGACAAUACGAAGUUCAGCUCCCCUGCAUCUAAAUCCAGUGGUGCUGGAAAUAUUCAUGUGCGCCACACUACCUCAAAAACUGGUGCAAAUGGGACAACAGAUGUCAACUCUUCACCUUCCCCUACUGCUACAAAGAAUUCAGAGCCAAGCUCUCCUCUGACUCCUCUGAUGUUGAGGAAGCCAUUGCAACCUUAUGACAGGAAGCAUCCUGAUGAAGAAGAUAAUUGGUCUGUCACAUCGUCUACUGCUGCAUCUGUGCGAACUGCUAGAUCGAGGGUAACUAUUGGAACUGCUCCAACUUUCAGAAGUGCGGAACGUGCUUGGAAACGGAAGGAGUUUUACCAGAAGUUAGAGGAAAAACACCAAGCUUUGGAGGCAGAGAGAAGCCAGUGUGAGGCCAGGACCAAGGAAGAGCAAGAAGCAGCCCUUAAGCAGCUUAGAAAGAGUAUGGUCGUCAAAGCAAAUCCAGUACCUAGUUUCUACUAUGAAGGACCUCCACCGAAGGUUGAACUGAAGAAGCUGCCAUUGACUCGGCCAAAGUCACCAAAUCUUACCCGGAGAAAGAGCUGUGGCGAUGCAGUCCACGCAUCUCUGGAUGAAAAAGCAAAAACUUGUUGCCGUACACAUCGCCACAGCUUAGGUAGCCAUAGAGAAGCAUCCACUACUGCAAAUGCACUCAAAAGUAAGGGUCAGCUCAGCGGACAGAGCAGUAAUAGUGCUGGCAAGGUGAAAACUCGGGCAAAACAGGUAAAGGAGACGACAAAAGCUGCUCCUCCUAAUAUCACCGAGCAGAGCAAUGCUAACAUCACUGUUCAGUCAUGAGCAGCUGGCUUUUUUACUAACUCUUAAGCGGGGAAAUGGUUUUGAAUUUCCGUAGUGCCAUAUGGAUGUUGAGAAAGGAAUUAGCCUGUUUCUUUUCAGCAGCGAUGACUUGUUUUUUUCAGUGGUUUGCGUUGAUGUGAAUUGUAUAUGUUUUGUAAGUUAUAUUGUUACAUAUCUUGUUAUAUAUAAAAGAGUUAUUGAUUCUAAUGUGGACCAAAUGCCUUGCUUUCAUC